GAAAAUAUGGAAAUUGAUUUCAAGUCGCCAACAUUAUAAAAGUAUAUAUAUUUUACAGAAGUCACCAAUCAGAAACUGUCCCAAGAUGAACAUAUUCGUUGCAGUUGCUCUUGCUUUCGGAGUAUUUGUAGCUGUGUCUGAAGCCAGCUAUGACUUUGCACCAAAGUACCACGCCUUUAAGUAUGCAGCAGCAAAAUUUGUAGCAAGUGGCUGCGGACCAGGAUGGCAUCAGUACAACAACCGUUGUUAUUGGUUCAGCAGACAAAAGCUCAACUGGUACACUGCCUCAAUGAAAUGUGCCGCCAUGGGUGGUUAUCUGGUCUCAAUUGACCAAUCUCACGAAAAUACUUACGUCAGACACAUGUUGAGUGUCUAUGGAGUAAGAGGAGGAUCUUGGCUUGGUCUGAACGACAUUCUGCGACCCAACAAACACAGAUGGUGCUGGGGAUUCGUUGCCAAGCCCUGCCACAAAUUUGACUGGUACAGUAACGAACCCGCGUAUCAUGAGCAUGGUGACUACAACUGCGGUCUGUUCAAGAGGUCCUACAAAUACCACUGGCACGUCGACAGCUGUGGACAAAAGAACCACUAUGUUUGCGAAAAACCACUGGGAAAGCCAUGUGUUUGUGCUUAUUAGACUUUAUCUUGAAAAUAAAUUCAAAGUACAGAAAAUAA